UGCCACCAUGGCAGCCAAAUGGUUUAAAGAGUUCCCAUCUAACCUGAAAACCGUUUCGGAACGCACCAAGCCAGGCAGCGCCAACUCGGGCAAACUGAGCGGCCCUUCCCGCAAGAGCCUGGCUCUGGCCGAACCGGGCACGGCUUCGCUGCCCGGGAAGAACCGCAAAAACUCCGCCACCGAACUGGGCAGCGCCCAGACACUGCUGGCACCGGGGAAAGACAGCGGCGGAGGCGGCAGGCUGUCGCGGGACAACCUCCAAGGCCUUCUGCAAGCCGCCGCGGGAAAGAUGCGCAAGAAUUCGCGGGUGGACGGGCCCCCCAUGGAGGAGCCCGCACGGGGGACCCCCAAGGCCAAUGCCGCCUGCGGGACCUACAUCAAUCGGCUCAUCAAAGUGGACGCCCACGAUAAGAACGGGAAGAACUACCCUGCCACUGCUCCGGGCCCCACCCCGCCAGCUGCACCUGAGCCAGAGAAGGCCAAGCAGGAUACGGUUAUCAUCCUGGAGGAUUACGCCGACCCUUAUGAUGCCAAGCGCACCAAAGGACAGCGAGAGGCCGAGAGACUGGGUGAAAACGACGGCUACAUGGAACCUUACGAUGCCCAGCAGAUGAUCACUGAGAUUCGGAGGCGGGGCUCUAAGGACCCUCUGGUCAAAGCCAUCUUACUCCUGGAUGAGCCAGCAGAGCCGGGGCCCAAGGGAGAUCCGGCCGUCAAGCGCCCAGCGGCCAAAGCCCCGCAGCUUUACGACACCCCCUAUGAACCAUCGGAGGUGGGGGGUCCCAAGCCAGAAGCCCGGCUGCCAGAGAACGACGAACGGCCUCCGGCUGAGUACGAACAGCCCUGGGAGUGGAAAAAGGAUCAGAUUGUGAAAGCUCUUUCAGUCCAGUUUGAGAGCUCAGAACGGCCCGCGGCGUCCAAAGAAGAGGUCCAGGUACCACCGCGGCAGCAGCAUCGCCGCCAGAGAAGCUGGCCUUCCAAGAUGGUGAAGCCUACGGUUGCGGCAGACCCUGGCACCGACGGGGAACACGUGGACCCUGCCUUAGCCCUGGAGAAACAGCCUUGGUUUCACGGCGCCAUCACACGGGCCGAGGCUGAGAGCCGGUUGCAGCCGUGCAAGGAAGCGGGAUACCUGGUGCGGACCAGCGAGACGGGCACCUGCAAGUACUCCAUCGCGCUGAAGACCAGCCAGGGCUGUGUUCACAUCAUCGUCGCCCAGACGAAGGACCACAAGUACACCCUCGACCAGACGGGCGGCCUCUUCGACAGCGUCCCCGAGGUGGUACGCUACUAUUCCACUGAGAAACUGCCCUUCAAAGGAGCCGAGCACAUGACCCUCCGGCACCCCGUGACCAUCCCCGGCAAGAUCCACUAGCCCCGUACAUCAGAACC